AUGUCAUCUGGCAGCCUGAUAGUGGAUAAGCCUUCAUCUACAGUAUCUUUUUUACCUCUAAAAACUGAAUUCGAUCUCAACUCGCAUAACCAAACAAAUCACUUAAAGAAUUUGUCACCGAUGGAAUUGGUUAAAUUGGGACAACAUUUUCAGUUGGAUAUAAAUAAUCAACAGACUCAGCAACAUUAUUCCACCCUUCCAACAUCCACAUCAAAUAAUUGGGAUCCUACCGAACAUUUUGGCUCAUUGAAGGUUUGCUCUUAUGAGGUUGCUAAAAACAGUUCAACACCUUAUACGGAUGCAACAAAUUGUAAAAAAUCGAGCAAUCAUAUUAAACGUCCAAUGAAUGCUUUUAUGGUUUGGUCGCAAAUGGAACGUCGGAAGAUUUGCGAAACUUCACCGGAUAUGCAUAAUGCGGAAAUUAGCAAAAGGCUUGGCUUACAAUGGCGUCAAUUAUCGGAUAGUGAGAAAGCGCCAUAUAUUGCGGAAGCAGAACGCUUACGUGUAAUGCAUAUGAAGGAAUAUCCGGAUUAUAAAUAUAAGCCACGAAAGAAGCCAAAAAAGGGUGCAGAUGGACAGGUUGCUGUAUCUGCAAGUAAUUCUUGUCCGGUAUCCUGUCAGGCAGUACGACAAAAUGGCGUUACUUCAUCGAUUACUGGUGCUAGUCGACUAAAAACACAUAAACGCGUACUUGGUUUAUCAAUGAAUAGUCAUAAUGAAACUCAUCAUUUAUCAUUUUCUGGUAAAUCGAUGAAGAUUGACCAUGAUGGUAUUCGUUAUUUAAAUUCGACCACGAAUGAUUUGAAGACAUCACCUAUUGCAAAUGUUGUUAUAAAACAGGAAGGAUUAUUUCAACAGCCGUUCCCGUCACCUAAUAAUUUUGUUAGUACACCAAUGACACCGGAAAGCGGUUUUUACGAUGAUUUUUAUACCUCAGCUCAACAUUCCACCGCUUCAAUGUAUUCCUAUUCGACAGCCAAUGUACCAUCGCAACAUCUAUUAAUUCCUUGUACAAAAAUGAAUCAUAUGGGUGAUGUAAAUACUUCCUAUAGCACAAGCAACAAUAGCACAUUGUCGAUGAUGCAUCAUCAGCCCAUCUCUGCAUACUAUCAGCAACCAUCAACUGGACAAUCACCAAUUGCCAAUCCGAACAACAAUUCGGUGACCGCUGACCAGGAUGAAUUGCGUUCGAUGUCAAGCGGGUCGAGUAGUGGAUAUGGAAGUACAGGAACAGCUGUUGAUACGGAAACAGUUACAAGUUCAGUCCCUACUAUCACUCAUGUAAUUAAUGUACGUUCCCCGGUUUGCUCCGUGUCAUACUAUCCAUCAAGUGGACCCAACACUAACUCUGAUCCAUUUGUUUCAAACGGUUCAAUCCGGCAACCAUCUGCGCCACCACCAGCACCAUUACCACAACUACCAGCACCACCACUACAAUCAGAUGAUCCAAGUCAAUCUCAACUUGAUGCAGAGCUUCUACCAUCAAUCAGUGACUUUCAGUUUCCAGCCGCGAUGAAUAAUGGUAUGUGGGGAGCACCGAUCAAUGCAGAUUUGUGGACUGCGACAUCGAUGCAUACAAAUCAUCAACUUACACGAACAACAAAUUAUGAUACCUACUGCAAUCGAAUGUAA